AAUCUCAUGCUACCUCAUUCGCACUGCAGACUGUUACUCGCAUGAGUCUCGCAGCAUUUUCCUGAUCAAAGUGAUUCACUAGAGCUGUUUAAAUUUCAGCUAGGCCCAAGGACAAAAAGUCAUUUUAUACUCUUUACUACAAUUCUGUUGUAAAUUUAAUAUCGUUGAGAUCCAGGUGCCAUUUGCACUUUUAACAUGGCGAAGCUUUCGACAUGGACGCUUCUGGCAGUCUUUUCUUUGCUGGUAGUGAAAGGAUUUGGUCAGGAUCUGAGUUUGGCAGAUGCAUUUGAUGAUGAACCAGCUACCCCAGCACCUAAAGUAAAACCAGCAGGCGGUGACGGACCAGCAGUAAAGCCCACUCCUAAGCGUCCUGUUCCGCCCAUGGUCCCAGGAAAGGAUCCAGCAAAGCCCAAGCCUAAAGAGACAGAAGAGAUAUACAGGGAAUUCUUUGAUUCCACCAUUCGGCCGGGUCUGUUACCUCGAACAACCACUAAACCUCUUGAUGAAUUUGAUCUUGCGGAUGCUUUGGAUCCUAACAAUGACAUCAAAGGAAAGGGUAAAGACUCUGACAAAAAUGAUAAAGGUCUUGGAGGAGGAGGCCGUGAUGAUGGCCAACCCAAUAGCCGAGGUGGUGGUGGUUUCUCAGACAACGACCUUGUGGAUGUAGGGAAAGAUGAAACCUAUAACCCAGACAAAGGCAAAGGUGGACGAGCAACUGGAGGUAGCGAUUCGGAUGAAAAUGAAACAGUGGCUCAGACUGGUACCAUCGCUGGUAUUGCGAGUGCUAUUGGCAUGGCGCUGGUUGGUGCAGUGAGCGGCUACAUCUCCUACCAGAAGAAGAAGUUUUGCUUCAGCAUACAACAGAGUCUGAAUACAGAUAUGGUGAAGGCGGAUGCUCCAGAUGCUGUAGUAGCACAGGAGCCACAAGUUCAACAAACUCUUCUCCAGCCUCCUAAUGCCGAGCCACCGACAGAGGAAAAUGCAGUGUAACCUGAAACGCAUCCAAACAGAAGGGGCACAGUUCUGAAUCUUCAUUUCCCCAUUUCAAUUCCACUGUUUUCCACUAUACAUACACCACACGCCCUUUUUGAAGUACCAAUGUAACUGUUUAAAUCAAGGUUAAACUUAAUGUCAUAUCAUUUAAUUUAUUCAACUGUUGAAGUGUGUUUGCAAUAAUGAAUUGAACUCUGGUAAAAAUUAAGUUUAGCACGGUCUGCUGAGACCCGAGCAUUCGCAAUCAAGUUUUUUAAGAAUCGGUAUGGAACCCCAUACAAAGAGUCGCACACCGUACUGCAGUACAGUCUUGAUGUUUACCUUUUCAAAUUAAUGUGUCAGAUUAGCUUAGAGAAAUGCAUGCUUAAAGGAUUACUUCUUUAGAAACUGAAGUUGCUGUCAUUAUUUACUCACUCAUGUUGUUUUAAACUCGUGUGACUUUAUUCUUCUGCAGAACGCAUUAUAGGCUAAUUAAAAAAAUCUGGGUGAGUUCAAUAAAAUGGCAGUCUAUCAUAGUUUUUUUAUUGCUUAUUAUUACACAGCGCUCUGGAAUGCUUGAUUCUGAUUGGCUAGUCAUGACAUUCUGAGGUUUCAUAUUCCUAAUAACACCGCCUCAUCCGGCAACUGUGAGUUAUAUUGACAGGUGCAGUUAAAUAGCCACAAAUCAAAAAUAUACAUGCAUUAUUAAUAUCGUGAGAUUAUAGUGACAAUUGAUUAAACCAGAUACAUGUUCGUCUUGUUUGAACUUCACUCCUUGACCUAAACCCGCUAGGUAAUGGGUUUCUCUCCUUGCGUUGGCUUUGUUUUUUACAAACCAGCGAAUUAUAUAUCAAAUCAAUAUUUUAUUUCCAUAAAUUUACCCCGAGUGCCAAAUAGCUUUCUUAUAAAUGUGUUAAUGUACAUUCAGACGGUUGUUAUUGCAAAUAAAUCCAUACAGGGUGAUACAAGACUCAAGUCAUCCUGUCGGGAUUUAUUCUGCAAAAACAAUCGUCUGGCUGUACUAUAUCCCUUAUAAAGCACCCCAAAAAAAGUGAAUGUGGUUUGCUGAUUAUUUCCAAGUGCUGUCUGGUUGAUUUUUUAUCACGUUUACAGUAAAAUCAUAAGCUCAUGUUCAUUCAAAUAUACACAAAAUGUACAUAAUAUGAACAUCAAGAACGCACAUAGGAGAGAAAUGAUGUGUUCUGCAGAAGAUAGCAAGUCAUAGAGAUUUGCGAGUGAGUAAAUCAGUCUUUAGAUAACUGACGAUUCCUAUGUUUACAGAAACAAGUGAUUGGAUAAUCAUAAAUAUGCUUUUAGACUGUUACAGUACGCUAACAGGUUGUUGCUAUUGGUGGCAUAUGCUCAUGAAGGAUUUGUCUUUUAUUUUAUGUUUGCACUUUUGGCAUUUUGGAAGGGGUUUUUGUUUGAUCGUUAGUUUUACACGAUCUGUAUAUAUUUGCCUUGCAUUCACAUGGCAAUGUGAAAAGAUUGUUACACAUAUAUGCAGGUAUUUGUGUGUCUUAGCAAACUUUUUAGUGAAGUGACUUUUUGACUCAAUUUAAGGGUGUGGUUCACCCAAAAAUGAAAAUUCUUUCAUCAUUUACUCAGUCUCAUUUCUUUGUUCUGAUGAACACAAAGGAAGAUAUUUUGAGGAAUGUUUGUAACCAUGAGCCCCAUUCACUUCCAUAGUAUUCUUUUUUUCUAGUAUGGAAGUGAAUGGGGCUUGUGAUCGGUAUUUUAGAAAUGUAUAAAGGUAACAACAUGAGAGUAAGUAAAUGAUGACCGAAUUUUCAUUUUUGGGUGAACUAUUCCUUUAAUGACUGAUGUCAGAAACUAACCAACAGCUGCUUACUGUCUAAUUUGCUUAAAAAACAACAAUGAUCAAAAGGGGUAUAAGUGUGAAGAUGUGAUUGUGUUGAUGAAAAAACCAUGUCGACUGCUUUUGUGCGUAGUAUAGCUGGAUGUCAGUGGUUACGAUUCCUUCUUUUGAGGAAUAGAUGACCCCGACGUGAUGAGAGUGGCUAGUUACAGUUGUGUGUGGAAGUAACUGUUAGUUGUGUUUUCAUGUUAGCACAAUACUUGCGCGGUGUAGUAAUUCUUGUAUCGCAAAUUCUGUUCGAUUGCCGUAUGGGAGUUUUAAGGGAAUAAUGUGCUUGUAUAUUGCGUACUUGAAGAUUGUACUCGAACUGUUGUGUCAGUGUAUCUCUAUUCACACUUGUAGCACUAAAUGUACAUAAAUGUUUGUAGCCCCCCCAUUUUCUUUUCAAAUGGGGAGUAGUUUUCGUCCUAGCUUAGUGUUUGUAUCAUUUGUAGCAUGUUUGAGCUUUCGAGUCUUUUUAGUAUCCUUGUAGACUUGUUGCACCCUUACCAGUUUUGCUAUUGCCUUAAGUCCCUGGCUGCAUUCCCAGUAGCCUGUUUUGCAUAUUGGUCCAUCUCACUUGCUCGGAUGAAAGGGCCCAGCCUUAUUAACCCUGUAGUUCUCUAAUGGUUACCAUCCAGAAUUGUAAGGAAAACUAGCAAGGAGAGUUAGCAAAACUGACUGGAAAGCAGAACAAUGCCGUCCCUAAUCGAUGCUCCAGACUUUCCUGUAGCUUUUGUUUUUCACUGUGAAAUCAGGUGCACAUUUUAUACCCCCUAGCUUCCUCUAGUCCUUGCCAAUGGUGCUUUCCUUCCUAACGCCUUACCACGCUAACAUUAGGGAAGACACGCAAGCAAACUAACACCACUUACAGUCGCAACCAUUAGGAGGGCUGCAUCAGUUGAAUGUUUAAACCAGACAUACUGUAGCAGAUUAGAACCUGCAUUGGUUGCAGUUUGAACCAAAAUAUUGCUCUCUCUCUAUCAAUCACAUUCAAGAUGAACUAGAUUUACAGUACAAUGGCACAAUGUUGCCUGAUAUCAGCACGUUGCUUUAAACAGCCAACUCUACACAGUGACAGUUUAUCCUUUCAUGGCUUUUGAAGCAUAUCAAUAAAAACAACCCAACAGAAUGUUAGCUGAAUGUAACUCUUUUUACUGAUAAGACGUUUGUUAGGCUACAUAGAACAUUGUAGCGUUAUUGGUGCUAGAUUUGUAAGAAAUGAAGAACACCAAAGAUAAAAUGUGAUGGUUUUUGCAUGUGUUUCGACUUUGGUGUCAAUGUAGUGAUCCGGUGAAUUUUAAAGGAUGACUAAAUGAAAGACCCCAUCACCUAUCUGUGUUUAUAAUAGCCGUUUCCACAUUGGUUGCUUGGUCUGCAUGAUCCGACUGUUAAAACCUCCCAAAAUCCUUUAAAUUAGUCUAAAUUUUAAAAAAAUUAGGUGGCCUUUAAGAGAUUCGAAUGGCAAAGGUUGCAUUUGUAAGGCUCUCUGGUAUUGUUAGGCCAGUAGUUGCAAUGUUGUCAAAACAAGGGUGUAAACGCAGAACUGUACAGAUUUGCAUGUUUUGAAUUCUAGCUGUAGAUAAUAUUAAAGUUCUUCUUGUGUGCUGGGUUUAUUCCUGAUAAAAAAAAAUGUUGUUAUUGGGCCAGACGUUUCUGAGGUGUCUUGAAUUUGCACUGCCAGUUUAGCUUUCCCAUCAUAUUACAGCCACAGAUCAGAUUUUUAAUGCUGUGCAAUAUUAGGUGGUUUAAGUAAAUACAUUUGGUCAUGAUCUGAACCUUUCAGCAUUGAAUCUCUCACUGAAUUACACAAAUAUAGAAUGUAAUGAAAACUCACAAACGCAUACAGUAUAAAUACAUGGAUUUGAACUGGGAAUCCCCUUUUAGAAACUUUAAAUUUCUACUAUUGUAAUUUGAUAUUCAAAUUUUGUUCAGAAAUUUUAUUCUGUAUCCCACUGGCUUUACCUAUAGCGGAUAUCAGCAUAAAGAAACCCAAUAAUAAACGAUUUAUCUUGUCUUUGA